AUGUUUAGAAGAUCUGGAGGUGGUAGAGGUCCAACAACCAGAAGAAGAAAAAGUUGGGGUUCCGGAUUCCGUCCCAGCACCCAGUUCAGUGGUGCAAGACCCCAAACCCAUUCCCCAGAGGCUCUGGAGCUCGAGAGGGGCAACGCCGGCAAAGAACCUGAUCUCGAGCAUCUGCAGCGUCGACAAUGUUUUUCUUCGGGGAAGAGUAACGGUAACGGUAACAAUGCUUUAUGCGUAGCUCAGAUUAAACCGUGUGAUCAUGUUUUGCACGAUCAUUGUUUGAGGGAAUGGAGUCAGAAGGCUAAUAGUUGUCCGAUCUGUCGGGCGAGCUUUAAUUUGGUGCUGAUACUGGAUGGAGUUGGAGGAACGGUACAGUCAGAAUAUACCGUCGAGGAUCGAAAACAAACGGCCGAGUUCGAUUUAGCUGCGUGGCAACAAGAUAACCCAGAAGAUUAUGAAGAUGAGGAAGAAGGAAGAUCGUGUCCAAUCUGCGACCAGUCAGAUCAAGAAGAUGUUCUCUUGUUAUGCGAUGGAUGCGAUGCUCCUUAUCAUACACAUUGUAUCGGUUUAGACAAUGUUCCAGGUGGUCACUGGUAUUGUAUGGAAUGUGUGGAAACUGGUGCUUUUAGUCAACAUGAUGAAUCGCAAGGACCCGCGAGAGCGAUCCCCUUUUCAGGACAACAUAUCAGCAGAACUCAGGCUAGCGUUCGACGUGCUCGUAGGAAUGGCAGACAAGAUAGGUGGAUCAAUGCUUGGGGGCAAUUAAGUAGCGCAAUUCGAAAUGUCGCGGGGGUUGAUCUCGACUUUGCCGAGGAUGAUCAGGAGUUGAGAGGUUAUAGGGACCUUCAACAAUUUUCUGCUACAGAAUUCAACAGGUGGGAACAAAGAUUACAUAUCGCGAGACGUCAAGGUGCCGGCCAGAUAUUUCGAGCCGCAGCACCUCAAGUUGUUCGAGAGCGCAUUCAACCACCGGCGCCUGUUGUUGAAACUCGCGAGGAAAGACAGGCAUGGGGAGCUAUGGAGAGAGCUCAACAUCUUGAUGAUACAUCGAAUGCAAGGAAGCGCAGAAGAUCAACUGCUUCACCAGCUAGUCGUGGUGGCUCAACACCAGAAGAGCCUGAACGUAAGCAGAAACGUCCAAGAACACGAAUUGUUCAGAAUGGGUCAUCGUCUGUCGCAUCAUCCAGCACGAAUCCUCAACCUCGACCUUCAUCUAGUAGAAGUAAUGGUUCACCAAGGCAAUCACCAAGGCCUUCAGAUACUAUAAAUACGAACAUAAACACAAACGCGGAACCUACAUUUCUUUCUUCGCUUCUUCGAGAAGUUGAGAUGGCACCAUCUUCCGAUGAUGACUCGAUAAGAUUUGGUUUGGAUGUUACAUCUAAUCGCGCAAAUGAUGCUACAAGUCCAUCAUUUGAUUAUUCAUCUCCUGCUACUUCACCAGCGUCUCCCGCAUCUUUUCGCAGUCGCGCAAUAUCAACUACACCCCCACCAAGAGGUCGGCAAUCCCGUUCUCCUCCUUUGAGUUCAACUGUUAUGCCUGAUUUUUCUGCUGUUCACUAUUCACCAAAUCGAUCACCAACAGUCGAUUCACCAAGUCAAAUGGCUGGGAGUCAAAACAAGCGAAAGAGGGAUGGAUCACCUACACCGGAAAUUCGACAACCUCAACCUCGUAGACAAAAAAUAUCCCGAGCAAGAUCUCAAGAUUCUUCACCUGUACGAACAAAUGCUGUACAUUCAUCAACAUCUCGAUCUGAAAAUACAUCACCAUUACGAAAUACAAUGUCAAUUGAAGAGAAACAAAGCAUCAAUAAAAUAGUUAAAGCAGCUCUCGGACCUCAUUGGAAAUCUCAAAAGAUUUCAGAAGAACAAUAUGCCGAUAUCAAUCGAAAUGUUUCGAGAAAACUUUAUGAACUUAUUGCGGACAAAAAUCAUGCAGAUGGAGAUAAAAAUUCAUGGGAAAGGAUUGCCACAACGGAAGUUGGUAAGGCGGUUCAAUCUUUGGGAAAUCAAAUUUCAUGA